AUGGUAAUGUUAACGCCGGACUGCCUUCCUUUAGGCUCCGAAACUUUUGUUUUCAUAGUCUCCUCAUGAACACUGGCUAGGCUUUUCAAAGGAGCAAAAAUAUAUCCGUAAGAUUUUUUUCCACAACAGUUUUGUUUUCAACUAUCUAUCGUACGAAAGAAAGUUUCUUGAUCACGCAAGAAAAAUUCUCUUUAAAAACCAAGUGAGCCAUUCAGAAGAGACUAUGGACUUACAUCGAAAUUUUAAUGGUUCUUAUGAGUUUAUCAACUUUAUCACAGUUAGUUCUCAGCUUCUUGAAAACACUCUUUUCCCUCAUCUUGAUACUUUUCUUCGAAAAACGUAGCAAACAUUUUCUGAAAACUUACUCGAAGAUGAGUCACAUAAAAAUUGCCACAUCAUCACUAUAACCUUUAGAGCUCGAAAGAUCGUGUAAGCCAUAUUGUCAAAGUGUUAUUUCCUAUAACUUUUCUCAUUCACCUUCACCUUUUCUUUAUACUAACUUUUCCAUUGUUGAAUCAAGCACACGACACAAUUCAGCUUCAGUUUUUAUUUUAUAACACUCUUCACUCGGAAUUAUUUGAUUAUUUUUCUGAAGGAUAGUACCCAAAUAAAGGGGAAGUGCAAACAUCUGCUUUGAAAGCUGCACCUGCAACCAGUUUUCCAUCCAAAAAGUUUGAGAAUCUUCCCGAAUCUGGAUAGUUUUAAGAAAAAAAGAAACCAGCUGCAAAAGGGCGCUUGUCUUCGAUGACCUUUUCGAACUUGAUCGUUGAUCUUCCGGUGGUUCGGCCAUCCUUUUCGCUGCUUGUGAGCAGGUCUGUUUUGAAAAAUCUGUUUUUUUUUCCCUGUACCCUAACUUUUUCUUGGAUCCCUUUUCUCAAGAGACCACAGAUCAACUGAACUGUUUAUCGAUUCUUUUUUUUUUUUCAAAAGGACAGCAAAAAAACUGAAACUUUCAUAAUUUUUUUCGAAGUUAAUAACACAAUUUUAUUUUUUUGUGAAAAAAAAUAUAAGAAAGAGACUUUAUAAAACUAGGUCUGAAUACUGUGGAAAACAUAAAGUCAUGACUAAUUCUUUGAAAUUCCCAAUUUUGAAUAAUUGUGGAUGUUCUUGUAACCUGCUCUGAAUACCUUCGAAGUUUUGAAUAUCGAUCAGUUUGGACCGUUUCCAAGACUUCUAAAAGAAGAUUGCUGAUUUUUAUUACCUCAAAUCGCGCACUUCGUUCUGGGUGGUUGGUUUCAUUGAUAUUUGCCGUUUUCUGUUCCCACUGCUCGAAGUUCUUUUUUUUACAAUCGUUGCUAGGAAGAUUUCGGUGUUUUUAAUCACGCUCCGUAUCUUUUUAUUUCCCUUCGUGCUUCUAGAGUGAAAUGAGUUGACAUAAUAAUGCUCAAGUCAUAAAAAGAUUUCGUAAAAUGCAUCCAACAUCAACGCCGCUGGACUUUAUGCUAAUAAGAUCCAAGUAUUCAACACUUUUUUUCAUCAAUCGAGUUCUCUAUGGCACUCGAAGUUGCAGCCUUCGAACACAAGUUGACGGACAGUGCAAUGCUGCUGAGAUUCGAAACAUCAAAGAAUAUCCUUUCGCAGGGAUGUUGGGAGAUACCGUUUUUGUUUCUUCUCACAAACAGAAUCGUGUGUAAAAAGAAGACGACGCGUCCCUCCUUGCCUUUGUGGUGAACUCUUCGUUCACUUUUGCACAAAGCGGCGCACCUGGGUCGCGUGGUUUCAAACUUUUUUUCAACGGGGCAACGCGAUAAAAAUUGGCAGACAGUUGCAUUGACUUGCUUCUUCCUGAAAGAAGUUGGUUCCUAUAAUUGAAGUUGGGUUGAGCAUUGACAAUCGACUUCAAACGAUCAGCAAGAGCUGUGAACUUAAAAACUCUCGAGGAUCUCGUUCCGUUUAGUUUUCGACUAUAAGAUACUUGAAAAUAAUGCCAGUUCAGCGGAACAAAUGUUUGUAAGUAAUUAGAACGUGUUGCUCCAUAGAAAGCAAACGAUUCGAGAAAAAUCGCAUAGAGAAAGAUUAUAAUAUCAAAGCAAUGAACUAAGAAAUAGUAAAUUUAUACUGGUUAUAUUAUUUCAUUCAUUAGAAAGGAAAUAGUUAAAUUUUAGAAGUUUGAAAAUGUGAAACAAUGAAGAGAGUGCUCAUGAAAAAAGAAUCGCAGGAGCACUGCAAAAGGCUACUUUUUAGUUGCUUUCAAGUGGUCAGUUUGAACAUGUGGCUUGGUUCCGGCGUUUGGAAAUUUUGAUCCACUGACUCAGUUUCAUUUCCUCUUUGGGUAACCCGCGUGUUGAUUACGACUCUACCAAGGUUUGUCUGAAAACAACAUAAGAAAAAUAGUGAGAAAAUCCCGAAAAAAAGAUGGUGAGGGGACCCAAAGGUGUGGCAAACCGUCUGCGCUCCCGCACUUUUACAAUUUCUUUGUCUCUUAGUGCGGAGAAAAACGCUAUUUUUAUCCCCGUUUUCACGGAAAACACCGCCCACAGUAAGAUGAAAAGUAGCCGAUAUAACAUGGAAAUUCGUUCCGACGUCGUCGUAGAAAAAAAUGACUUCUAGAUAUACGCAUGGAAAAAGAUUCUAAUAUCAAACCUAUAGCAAUGAAUAACUUCGAAUGUUUGGCAAGGCGAUAGCCACCGUACCACUUCAAAAGUUCUGAACUGUCGGCCAGGGGGAGUUGGCGACACAAUUGUCAGUUCGAUCAUUGAUUUCCUCAAAAAUUUCCCACAUUUCUGACCCCGAAGCCUGCAUGACCUUUGUUGUCAGGCAAAAUCCGAGAAUACAUUUUUCAUAUCUCAAGGUUUCGUAGUCAUUUGAGCAUGGCCAGUUAUCCUUCUCCCCUAAAUGCAGAAACAAUAGUUUUUCAUAGCUACUUGAACAAAAGAUUCGACAAAGAUAAUGAGAAAAUGAGAUCGGUAUAGCCUUCAAACAUCCGAUCUUCGUUGAAGGAAAAGACCUAACUUUCAAAUCUUGAUCAUUCAAAUCCAUUUCGGAUUUUUCAAAAACACUUUAUAGGUGCUCCUGAGUUUUUCAUAAUAUUUUCUUCGCUUAUCUGCAGUUUUGAAAAAGUUUCUCGUGCGGUCUCUCUUGUAAUAUAAACAUGACUCAUGCGGAUGUUUUCAUCAAAUCGUCUUUUCGAAAAAAGCUUUCACCUUUCUGCUCUUUUCUGUUCUGAAACGUUUUGCUCUCUCAUCAAUGUACGAUCUCUCAACAUUGCAAUUUGUUUUUUGUUUAUCGAAAAAGCCGAAGCGCGCAAGGGAUUCUGUGUUUCGCUGUACUUUUCAGCUUUCGACCUGCCUUUUUGCUGUAAAAUUUCCUUUUCUCUUUGAAUUUCGAAAAAAAACACGUUUCUAUUAAAAGAGAACAUUUUUUGUUCUAUAUGACACCAACUUUCUCAGUCAAUUGCAGCUCGUCAUGACGUUCUUGUUGAGACGGGCUCGUUUCGACUUUUGUCAAGCCGAACAGGACGCCAAAGAAAUAUGGCGGGAGAUGGCAAAGGUCAAAACGGAAGAGGAGAAGGCCGAGUUAGUUCGAUUUCAGUAUAUAGUUCGAUUUCAUAAUUUUCAAAAGUUUUCUAACAAAGACAGUAUUACUGUUCUGUUCGCCUUUUUUCAAUUUUUUUCGAAUCUCGACAAAGUUCAUCAUCAGAAUGUAAACCGCAAACAAACGAGCUCGCGAUUUUUUCCAAAACUACUCAUAAUUUUCUAAUUGGAAUGCUAGCCUAGAAUCUUUCUACACAAAAUACGGCUCGCAUAGUUUCUCUCAACUGUGAAAGAUCAAAACUUCUAAAAGACAAGUUUGUGUCAAGCUAAGAGGGAUCUUCUAGAUUUUCACGUAUUCCAAAGCAACGUUUCAAUAACUUUUCAAAGUUUUUCAGUGAGGGCUUCUUUAGCCCAAUGUUUUUGUACUGAACAUAGUAUGCUUUUUUUCCAAACUUCAUUAUAAUAUCAUGUUUAAAAAAACCUGGCAGUGAAGUUGCUCAACAACAAAAAACUUUUGAAUAUUCUACUGUUGUUUCAAAACGCAUGACUUGCACUUAUGAGAAAGUACAUUUUUUCAAGCCGCAAUAUAUUUGAAAAGUGUGAAGAAUCAGGACCGUAGGACGCCAUUAUUUCUAAUGGGUUGUGCACCGUCAAAGGAAUGUUUACGAGGUACUGGCACCAAUCGCGUGAUUCAUAGGAAGCCAUCCCACGGCCUCUCGAUUCUUUCUUUUUGGAAAAGACCGCGACAAAUCUACGGAAAAAAGUUAGCACUCGAUGUCUUUCCUUCGGUAUUUGAAAACAAAGGAACUUUGUCUGCUAUGAACAAUGCAUACAACGAAAUUUUAGCGCCUUCUUGAGGCUAGCUCAAUCGAAGCAUUCAGUUCGAACUAUCAAACGAUUUUUCGAUUUAAGUAUGUUCACAUAACUUGGUUCAAAUAAAAGACUUUUUGAAGUUUUAAAAAAGACGAAAAAAAAUCCACAACUCAAAAAAACAAAGCGUUCAAUUUUUUCUAAAUAAGCAACGUUUCUUUUUUUAGACUUUCGAAAUGAGUGAUUAAGGGUCCGAACAGAUGUUUUUUUGCUUUCAAUAUUUAUAUAUACAACAUUCACACCAUUUCAACAAAAACAUAAGCAUACUGUUAUCCGUUCAACUGCUUUUUCCAGACUGCUCAAGAAGUUCAAGCAAGCAAAAGAAGUCGAGAGUGUGCGGAAAAUGGUGUAUCAAAAUAUCCGUGAUAACUGGGAGUAUCUUUCCGAAACCGAAGCCGAGGCUCACGCCAGUGCUCUUGGUUAGUUUAUCAAGAUUGGCGCAACAAAAUAUGGAUAAUCUUCUAAGUUGUAGUUUUUGAGUUUUUGAUAUACAGUACCCUUGGCAAAAAUUUAAAAAAAAAACCUUUUUUUUUCUUAAAUCUUGAAUUGAAAUCAAUUUUUUGAAACAUCAUAAAGCGGCUUUUUUCUGUAUUUACAACGGAGCGUUGAGAACAAAUUUAUCACAACUCCAGAAGGCUUCAAAAAUAUCGAACAUCAAACAAAAAAGUUGUGAUCAAAGAAGCGCUUUCCCCGUAUUUUUAUUGGCGGAACUUAACAAGACUGUCCACAUACAAUCGGAGCUUUCUACUGCUCUUUCUGUCGAAAAUUUGGUCAGAAUGUGUCAAUGUUUUACGGCUUGAAAAAGGAAACAAAGGAUUUUAAGAAAAUAAAGAGAAAGUGGAACAUGAUUUAAUUCAAAAAAGAGAAGCUUAACAAGUUUCAAGAAGCUUGCUCUCUUUUGCAGCCGCGGAGCAUAGCCGCGCCGUCGUCCGCCAGAACGAGGCCAUCAAAGUGAUCAACGAGCUCCACAAGCAGUACUACGGUACCUCGGAUGAAGCCGCUAAAAAACGGUUGUUUUUCUUUCGGGCUUGUUCAGAAACAAAAAAUUUUCUUUAGGUUGGAGAAGCGUAUUAUCGAAGCUGACAAAGCGAUCGAUAAAGCCAGUGAAGCUGAACAGCUCGCCUUUGACAACUUCAUCAAAGUCAGUAUUUUUUGUAUGAAUUGGAAGGAACUGCGAUACUUUGAAGUCUAAAAAAAUAAAAAUAUUAGAGCUACAGUAAAACGAAAAGCGGUGAAUAACUUUUGAUUUAUUGACCAUAACUUUAUUUCAACUGAACAGGCCGAGGGGAUAUUUGUAUAUAAUCUGUGAAACGCAUCCAUAACAACAACAAAAAUACAAAAUCCUCGACAAGCGAAAAACUAUUGGGUAAGUUGCUAAGAAUUUAUCAGCAAAAAAAUUAAGAGUUUUUCCACAAAAUUAUUCCAAGGUUUGAAAAAAAUGAAUGAUUUCGAAAACUUGCCGGCUUCUUGAUUUACUCAAAGGGAGACUUUCGCAGUUGCAAUCUAAAAAAACUUAUUCAGUUCUCAAAAAAACGGGCGCCUUAAAGUUGAAAAAUUAAAAAAACUUGAGAAGAAUAAUAUUUUUUUGUGUGCGUAGAUAUUAAACUUUUCUAUUUCAUAUAUUAAGUAACUUUAUAUUGUAAGUUUCAAACGUUAUAGUUUAGAACUACAGAUUGUAUUUUUAUUUUUUUAUGUAAAUUAGACUAACAAAUUCAAAGAGAUGUACGUGAGAUGUAUGAACAUAACAUUGCUGUUUCCUUUGCAGAUGGAACGUCGUUGA